UUUCUCACACGCUCUCCCUAUGUCUCUCUCCCGUCGCGCCUUUCUCUCUGAAUUUUCUCUCACUCAACCGCAGAAGUUGUGUGACUGAGUUCACACCACAGAGCGGCCGGGGAAAGUCUCACGAGCAGCAACAAGACCGCUCGGGGAAAUGAAGAGGAGGCUACAGAAGAAAUACUUGAUUUUAAUCCUCGGUUACUCGGGCUUACUACUGCUGGUUCCCUAUAUCUUUGACUACGGCGGCAAGCCCACACUUGUAAAAAAUGGACAACAACAGCCCAAAUGCCCCGACCUGGAGAGCACCAUGGCUCUGUGGAAUAACGGCGAGCGGUCCAACAGCACCGCAGACACGGCGUACGAGUACGCCGCCAACCGGAGCGGCAGGGCUCGGACCAACAUCUACCUGCACGCCACCUGGAGAACGGGCUCCUCGUUCCUAGGUGAGCUCUUCAACCAGCAUCCCGACGUCUUCUACCUGUACGAGCCAAUGUGGCACAUCUGGCAGGCGCUGUACCCGGGGGACGCGGGCAGCCUGCAGGGAGCCGUGCGGGACAUGAUGAACGCGCUUUACCGCUGCGACUUCUCCGUGUUCAAACUUUACGCAGGCUCGCAGAACAUCAGCACGGCGUUCAUCUUCGGAUGGAAGACGAACAAGGUGAUCUGCUCGGAGCCGCUGUGCAGCGCAAACAAACGCGACGCCAUCGGCAUGGUGAAGGAGGACCAGUGCGGGAAGUGUCCGAAGAGGGACAUGCGAGACCUGGAGAGGGAGUGCAAGAAGUACCCGGUGAUGGUCAUCAAAGGAGUGCGCGUGUUGGACGUCAGUGUGCUGGUACCUCUGAUGAGGGACCCCUCGAUUAACCUCAAGGUUCUCCAGCUCUUCAGGGACCCCCGAGCGGUCCAUAACUCUCGCCUCAAGUCCAAGCAGGCCCUGGUCAAGGAGAGUAUCCAGGUGCUGAGGAGCAAGAAGCAGGCGGACAAAUUCAAGCGGCUACUGGUGCCCAACAACCGGGUCAACCGGGCGGAGAACUAUGUGUCAAGCGCCAUGGAGCUGAUCUGCGACAAUUGGCUCAGUGACCUAGUGUUGGAGACGAACGCGCCUCCGUGGAUCAAAAGGAACUAUAUCCGUGUACGCUACGAAGACCUGGUGCUUCACCCCAUGCAGGAGCUUCAGAGGCUCUUCAAGUUUUCCAACUUGUCCACUUUCUCCGCGCUGGACGAGUUCGUGUUGAACAUGACACACGGGCAAGGCUACUCCUCGGAUAAGCCCUUCCUCAUCUCGGCAAGAGAUGCCAAAGAGGCCAUCUACGCCUGGAGAGAGCGCCUGAACGUUCAGCAGAUCCAACAGGUGGAGGCCUACUGCAGCGAGGUGAUGAAGCAGCUGGGUUACCCCAAGAACAGCGUGGAUAAGACGUAAUGGUGCGGACUUGUCGAGAUGGAUGUAAGGAUAAAGGGGCCAUCAGGUAAAACAAGUGAGGGCUGUCGACUGGUAGCUGUACAACGGAGGAGGGGGGUGACCCAUUGGCCCAACACCAGCCGGACAAUCGAGCCUGGAGGAGGCUGAAAACACCCAGGAGGAGGAGGAGGUGUGGAGCAGUAGGACUGACCACACUAUUCAUUCACCACCACGGCCCUGGAGCCGGGCUCUCUGUGGGGGCGGAGGUAAACAGGAGCCCUGGCCUCUCUCAAAUGGACCUCCUCGGGGCUCCUGAACCGCUCGCCAGAACUAAUCCCUCUUCAGGGCCCCUGCCCGGACGGACCAGACGUGAUCCAGAGGGGCCUCUGACAGGGACUGCCGACACAAGCGUAGCCUAGCUAAUGUACCGGCGUGUCCAUCAUGGGGCCUCCUGACUCACGAGCAACCCCGAGACGGAAACUCUAGGGGGCUGACUAACAGCGUGGAAUCAGAGGAGAGGGGGAGACAGGGGAGAAGGGAGGAGCGGGGGAGAGAGUGGGCCGGGGGGCAAAAGGUAGGAGUGGAGGAGGAGGAGGAGGAGAGGGGAGUGAGAGAGGAGGAGAGGGCAGUGUCCACUUUUACUACCUCGUUUUUGGUUCUCCAAAUACGAUUCAGAAAACGAUCGCUUCACUGCCAGUUCCCAACCUGAACCAUAGUGGCCUCACCCAAACAGACGUAGUCCGGGGGGGGGGGGGCUACAUCUGUUGGAUGUCAGACUACAGCUGAAGGAUGCAAGGACCAAGAGCACUGAACAAUUGACACCUUUGCAGUGUGAGGACCACUUUAGUCUUACAUGGGGUUGUUCCUGUUUGAACUCAAAUUCUUGGACUCUAGAAUAUGCUAUUCUUAUGUAUUUAUUCUAUAUUUAUUCUGCAUUAUAUUUGAACACAUCAUUGCGAGACAUGCGAAUUGCAUUGGAAUGUCGAGAAUAGUGUUUGAAUAAAGUUACGAUGCAAGACCGUUAGAGACCCCCCCAUACUUUCUGACGGGGGAGCUCAGUCCCCGCCCCCCCCCCCACUGGGAGAGGGACUGCGAGGGAGAGGUGAGGGGUGUAGAGGGGAGGGGAGUGGAGAGUGAAGAGGCAAAGAGUGGAGUGGAGAGGGACAGAGAAGAGUUGAGAGGGGAGGGUUUAGUGGAGAGGAGGAGAGAGGAGUGGAGAUGGCUGGGAAGGAGACGAGGGGGAAGGAGACGAGGGGAUUGCGUAGAAGAGGCUGAGGGAGAGAGGGCAAGGAGAGGAGAUUGGGGCUGGGGCCUGAACAGGAAACUGCUUCUCUAGGUCCUGAGGAAUGCGGCAGGGUGGUGCGGAGGUUAAGUGGAACCAAACUGACCAAACAUCUCACAUUCACGUGAAGCCCACUCACACCAUGAGGAGGAGGGCCCCUCCACUCUCUGCAUACUAGUGCAGGUUUUGGCAGGAAGACGUGGAAUCUAGAGGGUAUAAAAGCACCAUUCUGUUAUAAACUGUAUCACUGUGUUGUAUUUGUGGUACGACUGUGUUUUGCCAUUGAAGAGAUUCAGGAGGUUGGCAGCGCUUACACAUUGAAGAAGAAGAAAUACACAAACAAGCCACUGUCUGAGCAAACCUCCCGCCAAAAGUAACAAAAAAUGAAAAAGGCCUGACAGUAAGGACAGGAAGGGAACACACAUGAGGCACAGCAAGGUUAUAAUGGAAAUUGUUUUAAUGGGCAUAACAUGCAAAACAUUGCAGGUAAAUCUUGGCAGCCGGCAGCACAUUAUUUACACGUAGCUACAUCUCAUGUUUCCAUCCACAUACAGCAUUUACCGAGAGCUAACAAGGACUUCACACCUAUAGCGCUGGCCUCCUGAAGAAGGUUGAUUUCACACACAAAAGGUUAUUAUUUUUAAACGCCACAGACGUCCCCUCAACGUUUGUGAGGUAAAGUGCCAAACGCCACUAUAAUCUAAACAUGUCAACGUCAAUAAAGUGCUCCUGUAUCUUAAACAAGGACAACGACUCACGCCUCGAUGUUGUGGGCGUAUCAUACAUGUUUUCUCUGAUACUUUUUUGUCUUAUUGUUAUUUUCUAAAACACACUGGCCGAUUCAACACGCAUAGUGGAAAAAUAGUACGCCUCCAAAUAAUAAAGGUUUCCUUUUUCGGUUUCUCCGAUUCUCAAAAUAGAAACUGUAAUACUUCAUGUUUUUUAACAGGUGGCCAUAAUGGCACUAACUUUCUUGCAUGAGCA